CUUCCUCCUUCCCCUCUUCUUCGUACGACAGCCAUCAAUCGCCAUCAUUUCUGCUGUGCGUCGACAUCUGGUUUCCCUGGAAAAAGUUGAACUCAUCCAUUACAGGAAGAAAUAUCUGUCGCGCUUAAAGAUCUGAAAGCCAUGCCCAACUAAAAGACACUCGUCGGCAGCUUCCCAGCUAGCUCGUUAUUCUGCCUCUCCUCCUUUUGAGACUAUUUUCCCACUGUAGGUAGUCCCUUCCCAAUAGCUUCUUUACGUGAGCGGCUGGGGAUUACAUUGAUCUCCCACGCUCUCUCCCAAAGAAGAACCAAAUGGAAGAAGCACAACUGAAGGCUGUAAGGGAGAUGAGAGCGGCAGUAGAGAGGCUAAAUUCUUCAACCCAGGGUGAGGAAGAAGCCAACCUUGUGAGGUUUCUGGUAGCUAGAUCCAUGGAUCCAGAGAAAGCAGCUAAGAUGUUUGUACAAUGGAGGAAAUGGAGGGCUGAGAUUGCUCCACUUGGGCACAUCCUGGAUGACGAGGUCGCUGAUCAACUAAAUGCUCGAAAAAUUAAUCUACAAGGCGUCACAAAGAGCGGUCACUCUAUGAUAGUCUUUCUAGCCAGACUGCAUUUUCCCUCGAAAGACCGCCUGCAAUAUAAGAAAUUCGUCGCUCACGUCCUGGACAAAGCAGUUGCAAGUGCCAGUGAGCAUGCAGAGAAAGGGAAAGAAAGGAUAGUGUGCGUCGUUGAUCUUCAGCAAUUCUCGAUAGCCAACAUAGACGUUCUUUCGAUCAGGGCAGCCUUCCAGAUUUUGCAGGACUAUUAUCCAGAGCGACUAGCAAAGUUGUACAUUAUGAACAUGCCCCGGAUUUUGAUUGGUAUCUGGAGGAUGCUCUCCAAGUUCCUGGACAAAGCAACCCUAGAGAAGAUUGUGAUGGUGAACAGCAAAGAAGAGAAGAUGGACAUGCUGAAGGAGAUUGGAGAGGAGAUCCUGCCGGUCGAAUACGGGGGCAGUGCCAAGUUGGUGCCUUUGCAGGACGUGAAGCUCAAAGAUUGAGAACCAUACGUGCUUUUGAUCGUGGAUGAAUAUCAAUAUUUGGUCUUCGCUUGGAUAAUCAUGUUAGUCAUAUAUGUUAACUCUUAUAAAAUUGUCCAUAUGCGAUCUUGACAGAAUGAUCAUAUACUAAAUCAGGAUCCAUUCUAUUUAUUGGAUCCAAGCAUUCUUAUCAAA